CAACACGGUCUUCAACUUCAGGACUCGUCUCAUCUUGACGAGCCUCACUCAGACACAACUGUCUUCAACAAAUUCAUCAGCUUCAAGCAACAACCGCCCGGCCCGGCCAAACAAACAAAUACCUGCCGCCAAGGAUCUCCCAUCCGAACCUUAAAACGAACUACACCUCGUCCACCACCACCGACAACAACACCAUCAACCAACCCGCCAGCCAACCAACCGUCAAAAUGGCCACCAUCUCUCAAAAAACCCUCUUCACCCUCCCCAUCGCCCCCUCCGCCUCCCAACCCGGCGGCACCCUCACCUGCUCCACCCCCCUCCUCCCCUCCCCGGACUCCUCCUCGCCACAAUCCAACAUCUACAUCCUCACCAUCUCCUCGCCCCCCGACAACCGCCUAACAGACACCUGCUGCACCACCCUCCUUCUCGCUCUCGACAUCCUCGAAUUCUCUCCCCAGAAGUACCCGCCAGGCGUAGUCAUCACGACCUCCUCCCUGCCCAAGUUUUUCAGCAACGGGUUGGACCUCGAAAACGCCCUUUCCGACCCGGAUUUCCUCCCCCACAAACUGUACGCUCUGUUCCGUCGGUACCUGACCUAUCCGAUGCCGACGGUCGCACUACUAAACGGCCACGCGUUUGCUGGCGGGUUAAUGCUAGCCAUGCACAUGGAUUACCGGCUUAUGAACCCGAGCAGGGGCUUCGCGUGCGUGAACGAGUUGGACUUUGGGGUUCCGUUGAAGCCGGCUAUGUCUGCUAUUUUCCGGCUGAAGUGCGUCCCGCAGACGUAUAGGAAACUAGUGCUGGAGGCGCACAGGUUUGCAGGGCCGGAGGCGAAGGAGGCGGGGAUCGUGGAUGAGCUCACAGACAAAAACGGGUUGGAGGACGCGAUGCGGUUUAUUGGAGAGAGGAGGUUGCAGGACAAGUGCAAGAGUGGGAUUUAUGGGUUGUUGAAGGGGGAGAUGUAUAGGGAGACGGUCGAACAAUAUUUGAGCGUGGAGGGACAUGGGAGGGAGGAGCAGAGGGUGAAGAAACAAGUGGAGGGGGAGGAGAGGAGGAGGGCGGAGGGGGGGAAGAGGGUGAAGGAGAUUUUGAGUAAGUUGUGAGUG